UCGGUCCGCUCCAUUCCCAAGCGGAAGCAACACAGAGGCAUCAUCGUCAUCUCAGCAAAGGAGUCAAAGUUCUCUCGCAAAGAGCCUCCGCCUUCUCUCUUUCUCUCUCUCUCUCUAAAACUCGAUUCUUUCCUUCUAUCUAUCUAUCUAUCUUGAUAGCUGGGCAUCUAUUUAAUUCAAUCGCUCUCUCUUGCAAUCUAAUAAUCUCUCGAAUAUACUCCAAUCCCCCUUUGAAAUCUCAAAUCGUCCGCGGGAAUUUUCUGGACGCAGUUCGUGGCCUUUUGUUCCCGUUCACCCAAAACCCUAGUUGCCCCUUUGACACAGGAAACUCGUGUUUAUUUCCCAGUUCGUCAACGGGAACUUCAGUUUUAAGAAUUUAAUCUUCGUAAGGCGUUAUCGGGAAAGGUGUGAAAUGCUGGAGUCAUUAUGCAGAUAAUAGUCUGGAGACAUGCAAAGGUAUCAUGCUACAGUCAGUAAUACUGCCAUUGGGGCACCAGUCAGGGAUACAUCUCGUUCCGAUUCACCUUUGUUGACAGCUAACUUUCCUGUUAACCAAAGGCGCCCACCUCAACCAGUAUCAUAUAAAUUGAAGUGUGACAAAGAGGCGUUAAAUUCCAGACAUGGGCCACCUGAUUUCAAUCCUCAGACUCCAAAUUGUCCCGAGGAGACAAUAACAAGGGAAUAUCUGCAGUCUGGAUACAGAGAGGCUGUUGAGGGACUUGAGGAAAAUAGAGAGAUCAGUCUAACACAGAUCCAUGCUUUCAGUAAGCCAGUUAUCCUAAAGUGCAAAGAGGCAAUAAGAAAAUGUCAUAGAGCUAUUAAUGAAUCUCGUGCUCAAAAGCGCAAGGCUGGUCAAGUUUAUGGUGUGCCUCUUUCUGGUUCGCUACUGAGCAAGCCUGGGAUCUUCCCUGAUCAAAGAGCUUGUGGAGAAGAGUUCCGAAAGAAAUGGAUUGAGGGCUUAUCUCAACCCCAUAAAAGAUUGCGUUUGUUGGCUGAUCAUAUUCCUCAUGGGUUUAGAAAGAGGUCUCUAUUUGAAGUUCUUAUAAGGAACAAUGUUCCAUUACAAAAAGCAACUUGGUUUAUAAAAGUAACUUACCUAAAUCAGGUUCGACCUGUAUCUAGUUCAAGUUCAGGAGUGCCAGACAGGACACAGGUUACCCGUUCAGAACAGUGGACUAAAGAUCUUAUUGAGUAUUUACAGUUCCUCCUGGAUGACAUCUUGAGAAGUUCUCAUUCUGGUGCACCAGUUAGGGACAGGUCAUUGCAUUCGGCUUAUAGUGGAAAACUGCAGCAAAAGAAUGAGCCGGUAUCAGCAAUUCUUGAUGGAGAGGAGCCUUCUCUACAUUUUAAGUGGUGGUACAUGGUGCGGAUUAUACAAUGGCAUUUUGCAGAAGGAAUGCUUCUUCCUUCAUUCAUCAUUGAUUGGGUUCUCAAUCAACUACAGGAAAAGGAAUUACUUGGGACAUUGCAGCUGGUUCUACCUAUCCUCUAUGGUGUCUUAGAAAUUUUAGUAUUAUCACAGACUUAUGUACGCACAUUGGUGGGAUUGGCUGUUCGUUUUAUACAGGAGCCUUCAUCUGGAGGUUCAUAUCUAGUAGAUAAUUCGCGUAGGGCUUAUGCUGCAUCUUCCUUAGUUGAGAUGCUUCGCUACAUGAUACUUGCUGUUCCCGACUCUUUUGUGGGUUUGGAUUGCUUUCCUCUGCCACUUAGUGUAGUAUCACAUUUGGUAAAUGAUGGAAAUUUCUUGCUUAAGGUGGACAGUGCUGGAAAAUCAAACGGUGGUUCUGUUGGAUCUCUGUCUAAGGACAAGGGCAUCACAGCUCAGUGCUUAUCCAUUGAUCGUGUGGUGGCAUCAAUUAAGAAGCGGACAGAUAAUCUUGCUAUGGCUGCAAGACCUGGCUAUCCUGGUCGCAAUGCUGCUAGAACUAUGCUGGAGCUGGAUACAUCUGUUACUCAGGGAGACCUUAGAUUGGCUUUUAGCUGUCUAUUUGGAGAGCUUAGUGAUGGGGUUGCUGAUGAAGGUUGGACUGCAGAAAUUAGCCCCUGUUUAAGGUCAUCUUUGAAGUGGAUGGGAACAGUGAGCUCAUCAUUUGUUGCCUCUGUAUUUUUCCUUUGUGAGUGGGCAACUUGUGAUUUUAGGGAUUUUCGCACUGCUCUUCCUCGAGGACAAAAAUUUUCUGGUCGAAAGGAUUUUUGUCAAAUAUAUGUUGCGGUAAGACUUCUAAAACUGAAGCUGCAAGAGCUGCAAAAUUCCUACAAAUUUGAAACUGCCAAUGAUCCUCGAGCUAAAGGAUCUGGUUCUUCCAGGUCCUUUAAGGGUUACGACUCUAGGCGUCGAAAAAACCUAAGAAGUUUGCAUGGAAGGUGCAUGCAUUUGUCGGAUAUGCUUGAAAGCCCAGGCGAACUGCAUGAUACAAUUGUUUGCUGGAUAGAUCAACAUGAUAAACAAAAUGAAGAAGGUACCAAGCGCCUUGAACUCCUUAUCAUUGAGCUCACUCGAGUUGGUAUUUUUUACCCUCAGGCGUAUGUGAGACAGCUGAUUGUUAGUGGGAUUUAUAGUGGGAAUGGAUUAAAUAUUGACACUGAUAGACAGAGCAAACAUUACAAGAUUUUGAAGCAGUUGCCAACGGCCUAUGUGCAAGAUGCUUUAGAAGAGGCACAAGUUGCUGACAGUUCUGUACUUCUGAAGGCCAUGAAAGUCUACACCAAUGAACGGCGUCUUGUGCUUAAAGGGCUUUUCGGUAGGCACCAAGAUGGACAAGUCACAAAUGGUUUGUCUCUGAAACAGAACAGUAAUUCAACUUCUAGAGGAGAUGUUCAUAUUUCCACUUCUGAUCAGCGGAUAACAAUUCAGUCGUCAUUUAAAUCAUCUAGCAAAAAAUUUGGAAGAGUUGCUGACCUUGAAGGUAUAAAGGCUUCUAUCUCAUUGUUGUUACAGUUUCCAAAUUCCUCUCCUGCAUUAACCGAAGUUGGGAGUGAUCUGCUUCAAAGUAGUGUCCAGACGACUCUUGUUCCAGAUAACUGCAAGGUAGACCUUGGGGAGGGAACUCCAGGAUGUGAAGAGUGUAGACGGGUCAAGAGGCAAAACUUGAGUGAUGAAAGGAACUCAUACCUUCCAGGCCAUUCACCAAACCAAUCAGAUGAUGAAGAACUGUGGUGGGUGAGGAAGGGAACAAAAGCGUUGGAGUCAAUUAAGAUUGACCAACCUCUCAAGCCAGCCAAACAAACUUCAAAGGGUAGGCAAAAGUUUGUGCGUAAAAAAAGUCUGUCUCAGUUAGCAGCAGGUAGGAUUGAAGGUAGCUUAGGAGCUUCCACAAGCCAUGUCUGUGAUAGUCGGGUUAAUUGCUCUCAUCAUACAACAGGUUCUGAUGGAGAAGCUUGUAAAGCAAUGGAGGUGGUAAGAACCAGCAAUUAUGCAGACACCAUUUCAAUAGGGAAAGCCCUAAAGAAGUUGAGAUCUGUAGACAAGAAGGUUAUUAUAGUAUGGUUGCUAUCUCUGGUUAAGAAGCUCAUUGAAGAGAACGAAGAAGUUGUUGGCAAGGCUGGGCAGUAUUCAAGAACUGCUAUGGAUGAGAAUAGCUCUGUGCAAUGGAAGCUGGGUGAAGAUGAGCUAACAACUAUAUUGUAUAUCAUGGAUAUCUCGGAUGACCUAGUUUCAGCUGUUAGAUUUCUUCUGUGGUUAUUGCCAAAGGUUCUAAGUACGCCAAACUCGUCUAUUUAUGGUGGAAGGAGUAUUCUUAUGCUGCCCAGGAAUGCUGGAAACCAUGUCUGUGAUGUGGGAGAGGCUUAUCUUGUGUCAUCCAUUAGGAGGUAUGAAAAUACAGUUAUUGCAGCUGAUCUCAUUGCAGAAACUUUAUCUUCCACAAUGCAACGAGUGGCUGUAGUUGUUUCCACCAAUGGGAAGACUGCUGGUUCAGCUUCCUUGGCGUAUGCUAGAUACCUUCUGAAGAAAUAUAGCAACAUUAAUAGUGUUGUUGAAUGGGAGAAGAGCUUCAAGGCUACAUGUGAUAAAAGACUCAUUCCAGAGCUUGAAUUUGGAAGAUCAUCUGAUGCAGAAUUUGGAUUUCCACUUGGAGUCCCAGCUGGAGUCGAAGAUCUUGAUGAUUUUUUCCGCCAAAAGAUUUCUGGUGCCCGUUUGUCCAGACUGGGCAUGAACAUGAGAGAGAUUGUGCAAAGACAUAUUGAAGAGGCAUUACAAUUGAUGUUUGGCAGGGAUAAAAAAAUAUUUGCAGGAGGGGGUACAAUGAAAGGCCCCAUCCCAGAAAAAUUCGAUGACGGUUAUCGUGUGGCACAACAAAUAGUAAUCGGAUUAAUGGACUGCAUACGGCAAACUGGUGGAGCUGCUCAAGAGGGCGACCCUUCUUUAGUAUCAUCUGCAAUUUCCGCAAUUAUUAACAGUAUUGGAACUGUGAUGGGAAAAAUGUCUGAUUUAACUGGUGUUAGCCAUCCGAAUUUUUCAUCAAGCAACGCUUCAUUAAAUUUUGCUCGUCAACUCUUGAAGAUUCACAUCACUUGCCUAUGCCUGCUCAAGGAAGCUUUGGGCGAACGUCAGAGCCGUGUCUUCGAAAUAGCUCUUGCAGUAGAGUCUUCUUCCGUUCUUGCUCAGGCUUUUGCUCCUGGAAAACUUUCCCGCGGUCAAUAUCAGCUUUCACCUGAUGCUCAUGAUUCAAACGCAUCUGAAAUCUUGAGCGGUUCCACAAAACCUGUCCUUGGAAGGGCUGGAAAAGUGUCGGCUGCUGUAUCUUCUUUGGUCCUUGGAGCAAUUCUUCAGGGUGUUGCUAGCCUUGAGAGAAUGGUGUCUGUCUUCAGAUUGAAGGAAGGUUUAGAUGUAAUUCAAUAUGUUAGGGGUCCAAGAUCCAGUUCAAAUGGAGGAAAUGCCCGAUCUAACCCUUCUCUCAAGACUGAUAACAUUGCUGAGGCCUGUGUACAUUGGUUCAGGGUUCUACUUGGGAACUGCAGAGCUGUCUGUGACGGUUUAGUUGUUGAACUUCUUGGCGGACCAUCUAUUGUUGCCCUAUCGAGGAUGCAAAGAACACUUCCCAUCAUUUUGGUGUUUCCACCUGCUUAUUCGCUAUUUGCUUUUGUGAUAUGGAGGCAAUUUAUAUUUAAUGCUGGCAACAUGAAUCGUGAAGAUGCUCAUCAAUUCUUUCAGUCAGCAACUUUGGCUAUAAGUGAUGCUGUAAAUCACCUCCCUUUCCGCGACAUCUGUAUGCGAGAUACUCGAGGUCUUUACGAUCUAAUGGUUGCGGAUUCUGCCGACUCGGAGUUUGCUGCCAUUUUAGAAUUGAACAAUCCAGACGUUCGUUCGAAGGCAGUGGCUUUUGUUCCUCUUAGAGGGAGGCUUUUUCUGAAUUCCAUCAUUGAUUGCAAGCUUCCGAAGUCUGUGCUUACAAGAGAAGAUGGAAAUCGUGUUAUUAGAAAUGCAGAAGAUGAGCCAAAGAUUUUGGAUAAACUGGUGCAUAUUCUAGAUACAUUGCAACCUGCAAAGUUUCACUGGCAAUGGGUUGAGCUCAGGCUUCUCCUUAAUGAGCAAGCACUUACUGAGAAACUCGAAUCUCAUGACGCCUCUUUGCCAGAUGCCAUCCGAUCCAUCUACCGAAAUUCUGAAAAAGCAAGUGUAUCAGAAAACGAGAGUAAUUUUGUUGAGAUUAUUCUUACAAGAUUGCUUGUGAGGCCUGAUGCAGCCCCACUCUUCUCUGAAGUGGUACGGCUAUUUGGAAGUUCUCUUGAGGAUUCGGUAUUACUACAAGCUAAAUGGUUCCUUGGAGGUCAAGAUGUGCUGUUUGGAAGGAAAUCCAUUAGACAACGUCUGAUUAACAUAGCUGAGAGUAAAGGGUUGUCGACAAAAGCUCAGUAUAGAAAGCCAUGGGGUUGGUUUGAACCAAGGACUUCUCUUGUGAAAAGCAAGGGGAAGAAGCGAAAAUUUGAAGGCAGUGUUCUUGAGGAAGGAGAAGUAGUUGAAGAAGGGAUUGAUACAAGGAUGGUUGGAAUUGGGAAUUCCUCACAUGUGCCAGAUGUUGACAGUUUUAACGCUUGUCAGCAGCUUGUGACAGAGAGAUCUCUAGUUGAGUUAGUUCUACCUUGUAUUGAUCAUAGCUCUGAGGAAUCGCGUACCACAUUUGCCAGCGAUUUGAUCAAGCAGUUGAAUAAUAUUGAGGUACAGAUAAAUACGAUUACUCGUGGAGCUAGUAAGCAGUCUGGAACAGUUAUUUCAGGAACGGAAGGUUCUGGAAGCAAAAGCAGCAGUCGGAAAGGCAUACGAGGUAGCAGUCCUGGAUUGGCAAGACGAGCAACACCUUCUGCUGAUAUUGCAAUUCCUUCCCCUUCAGCAUUACGAGCUUCCAUGUCAUUGCGUUUGCAGUUCCUCCUCAGAUUGCUCCCUAUUAUCUGCUCUGACAGGGAUCCAUCAGUUCGUAACAUGAGAACUAUGCUCGUUUCUGUAAUACUUCGUCUUCUUGGAAGUAGAGUAGUUCAUGAGGAUGCCAACCAUUCAUGUUAUCCGGCUACUAAAAGGGAACUAGAGAUAUCUUUGGAGGCAUCUGCUGCUUAUAUUGUGGAUUUAUCUGGUGAAUGCCUAUUUGACCGCCUUUUACUGGUGCUUCAUGGAUUGUUAAGCAGCAGCUUCCCAAGCUGGUUGAAGCCAAAGCCUGGUGUCAAGUUGGCUAUUGAAUCCGGGAAGGACUUCUCCGUGUUUGAUCGUGAUGUGGUGGAGACUUUGCAGAAUGAUUUGGAUCGUAUGAUACUUCCAGAUAGAAUUCGGUGGCGAAUCCAGUCAGCUAUGCCAAUACUGGAUCCUUCUUUUCGGUUUGCAAUUUCUUGUCAACCACCAUUUGUACCCAGCACUGCUCUUGCUGCACUUCAACCUAGCAUAUUAGUAUCUGGUUCCUUUCCUCAGAGGAAUUCAGCUUCUUUGGGGGGACGGACAUCAUCACCUAACUUGUCGGGAAAGAACAAGUUGGCACCACAACCAGAGCAGGAAAUGCAAGAAAUGGAAAUAGACCCUUGGACCCUUCUUGAAGACGGUGCUGGUUCAGGUCCUUCGUCUGGAAAUGCUGCCGCAAUUGCAAGCAGCGAUAAUGCAGAUUUGAAAGCGUCCAGUUGGCUUAAGGGCUCUGUCAGGAUGAGGAGAACGGAUCUAACCUAUAUUGGUGCUGUGGAUGACGAUAGCUGAUGAAUUACAACGUUUCUAACUGUUCUUUAUUCGUAAAGUAGCUCCGAAAAUUGAGAUGUUCAAGGGAAGGCUGUGGCUCGGGAAUCUUCUCAUUGUCUCAACUAACCAACCACCACCACCUUUUGUAUUUUACCUUCUCCCUUUUGUGGUUUCUGGUUAUGGAUAGAGAAGUGUGGUGGAGGCUUUGUUGUAUAUAUAGAGAUUUGAUUAUUUUCAAUUGAGCCCCAAUUAAAAAAGAAUUAGCAUUUGGGGGUGAGCUUUAGUUUGUUUUUUAGGCUCACCCUUUUGUUAUAUCCAUCUUGUUCACAGUUAAGAUGAUGAUUAUUAAAUGCUGUCGAUGAAUAGUUUGGGAUAUUACAACAAUGUUUAUUGUGACUUUAUCACA